UAUUAAAACAAGCUCCCGAAGACAAUUCCAUUUGCAGGUUUCUUUCUUGGCUUGAAAAAUAAGAAUCUAUUGUGUAUACUUUCUUUGAAAAUUUGGUAAACAAACAUAUUUCAUUGAUUUGUAUUAAGUAAAUAAAUGUAUACAUUUCUGUAGGGAAGUCUACAAAAAUAACAAACUCAUAUUCACACAAACUCAUAUAAAAACAAAAACAAGAAAUAUACAAACAACCAAAAGGUGAACACAACAAACACAGCAUGACACCAGCACGCGCACGAAAACAACCUUUUGACAAAACUAAAACAAUAAACAUGAAAACUAUCAUAGGAUCAUCACAACAAACACAGCACGACACUUGCACACAAAAACAACAAACAACAACAACAACAGUUAUCAACAACGUUGAUCCAAAAAGUAUAAAUAGGUGGAAAGUUGCAACCAGGGUGAUCAGUUUGUGUAAAGCAACGAAGAAACAUCAACUGAAGUAAAACAUUUUAAAAAGUCAUUCACCACACAUACCAACAGGAAAAAAUGUCUGAAACUCAAACAGAUAAAACUGUCAGAUCACUCGCCAUAAGGAGCAGUUUAGCAAAUUGUCCUUUGGUCUUUGAAACAUCCGAUAAACUGCGAACGCUGUCUCUAUAUGAAAAAGAAGUACGAAAGAAGGCUUUUGACAAUUUUAUCGCAGCCGAAAUGCGACGCCAACAAAGUAAACUCAAGGAAGAACAGCAAAUAUUCAUUACCCAGAAACUAGAGGACAACCCUGUGGAGAUCGGUAGUCGCACACACUCGCCGAGUAGCAGCCUUGACGAAAUGACUACGAAAUUUACGCAUGCGGAGACGGUUGACCAUGCCACCGCACUGCUACGGGAGCAACGUGCCGCAUCUUGUCGCAAAUCACGCAUCAACAAUAAGCUGAGAAAGGCCUCACUAAAGCAUCGCAAUGAUUUUCUAGCUGAGAAGAUGUCGGCUACAAAGAGAACACUCGCGGUUUUGUCUUCGAAAUUGCAAACGGCACAACAAUACCUGCUAGGUAGCGGCUUUAAUGAAUCGCAAAUAGAGAAUCUUCGCAGCAUUUAUGGCGUGAGUUGUAUGACUCUUAAUUGAACAACGGAAAUACAUAGAUCAAAUUUGAAAUAGAUCUAGACGUUACCUAUAGUUAACAAUUUUUUAUAUUAUAUCCAUAUUUUACAUUUAUUAUUUUUAUACUUUUAAUCUAUAUUAUAUAAUGUAUAUAAGAAAAAAUAGCUCAAUAAAUUUAAAAUUUAUAACUCAGCUUGAUUUGUGUUUGAAAUUUAUAUUUAUACACUUCGCCAUUUAAAAAACCCCGUUAUUCAUUGGCAACAUUAACUCGAAAUACCUCAGUCAUGCUAGAGCCUGUUCUAAAUGGAUUUUCCUCUAAACAUAGCAGGACUGUUCUGGGCGUAAGAGUGAUUAAGUAUUGUAGUACUUUACUUCUUGAAAUCAAUUAAUCGGUCAAUAUAUAACAAUAACUGUUCUAUAUUUUUGAAGAACAACAGUAUCGAAAGACCUAUUUUGGUUAUAUUUGGCUGAUUUUCAAGCACUUAGCAGAAGUGGAUUCUUCGAUUUAUAAGCAGCUUUUCGAAAAUAAAGAAAUAAUGUAUACAAAUACCAGAUGAAAUACUGGUUUUUUUUCUUAAUCUUAAUUUUAUCGAAGGUCGGAUUUAGAAAUAUUAUAAUAUCUAGAAUAUACUUGACCGAAAUGUGAAACGAUUACUCCAUUGAUACAAAGGAAAUGAUGGAUUACAUCCAUAUUGUUAGUUUUUGAAAACUUACUUACCAUAGUUACAUAUAAAAAAUAACAAUAAUUACAAUUUCUAAAUUCAAAAUUAAAGAAUUUUAGAAGCAAACGUAAAAAUUGUUAAAUUAUCAAUGAAUUAAAACCUUCAAACUUUAAAUUAAUUAUUAAUAUACAAGUAAAUAAAUUAUUCGAAAUAUCAAUUGGAUAUCGAAAGA